GUAUCUUGUGCUCAUCGAGCUCAUACAAAACGUGUAAUAAAUACUUUUUGAUUGUUUUUAUAAAUAAAAAGUGCAAUUGUUAAUAAUAUUUAAUAAAAUUUUAUAAAUAUCCCGUAAAUUGUAAUAAACAAGUGCCAUAAUUUGUGUCAUAUACCGUUAGAAUAUUUAUAUUCGUAUGCCAAGUGCAUGCUCAAUCUUGUCCAUAAAAAAUUUGUUGUUAUUAAAGGAAGUUUAAAUAUUUGUUUACUAAAUAAAAUAAGACAGUUUUAAAGAACUGCCAAGGCGAAUAAAUCAAUGCAAAAUACAUUGGAUGGUAAAGUUUUCGUCGUUGUUUUGCGAAUUUCAUCACAAUCCACAACGGCAGGACGUAGGGUCCAAGUUGUAAAACAAACGCUGCUGCUACAUUCACAACAAACUAUAGAAUUGGAAGAGUGUGUAGAGGAAUUGAAAGAAGAGCCUGGCAUAGAACAGGCCUUUAAUAGGGCACGACGCAAGAUAGCAAGAUGAUUCAAAAGGGUGACGAUCUCAUAAAUGGUGUUAAUCAUAAUUAUCAAUAUCCCAUAGUAAAUAACAACAAUACACAAAUGGGAAAUAGCACAGAAUUUAGCGGCAAUAGUGAAAAUGUAAUUCAAGCUAUGAGUUUUGAAGAUUAUGCACCUCUAGAGAGCACAUUACCACCAGUAGAAACGGUUCUACCUCAAUAUAUACCUACACCACCACCAUCUCUGCCUUCUCCUUCUGUUAACAUUUCUACCGUCAAUACGACUAUUCCACAGUUUCGGUUUCAACUUCAACAUCAAACACUAGCACUGCCAUCCCUACAACUACAACAUAAUCAAAACAUAAACAACCACCAAUACUAUUGUAAUGAACAGCUGCUGCAGCAUCAGCAGGUUGGUCUUCAUUCAUCUUCAUUUCAAGUCAACCAUAACAACAAAAAUAUAGAAUCCACUAUAAACCCUCAGCAGCUGGUUGUGGAUGGUAAUUAUACUAAUCAUACACCUAGAGAAGCAAACAAAACAACAAUUGAUACCUCAACAAAUUCUACAGAUGAACAAAGUCUAUACCAAACAACAACAACUGAUACCUCUCCAAAUACUUCAAUAAAUCAUUCGAUUCUGAGUCAGGAAACCGUAUUAAAUGUAUCUGAAUCUUCCACAGUUGAUGCUGAGGAAACAGAUAAUAUAAAUUAUGAACAUUUUGCUUAUUUAGACAAAUUAAAUUCCGAUAAUUUAAUGAAGUUUAGUCAGCAAUCUGUACUGCAGCAAUUAAUACAAGAGCAAAUUGAUGUUAAACCGAAUCUUAAUUUAAUACCAACAUGUGAAGAACAUGAUCAUGGGGGUUAUAAUUUUGGUAUUCAAAUCAAUAGUUCGGAAAAAUAUGCUCAACGAACGGGAGUGGUGUUCUCCAAAGAAACUGAAAGACUUUAUAUAAAAACAAAUGAAAAUGUUUAUAUUGAUUGUUUCUAUACCCAGAAAAUGCCCAUAAAACCGCUUAAAGUAAGAGUUUUUGCGGUAUUCGAAAAAGAUGUUAGUGCUCCUGUGCUGAGAUGUCAAAAUCAUAUAAGCACAGAUAAUGAUAAAAAUGAAAUAGUGCGUAAAAGUUUGGUACGUUGCAAAAAUCCCGAUGCCGUUUACAAUGGCUCCGAUACGGGCAAAAGUAUUAAUGAUCGUUAUUCGGUGGUGGUACCACUUAAUAGCACGGUGAAAGGCAAUGAAACUAAUCAAUUGAAACAACAAUUGAUUAUCAGUUUUACAUGUUUUAAUUCCUGCAUGAAUCGUAAGCAAACAGCGGUGAUAUUUCUAUUGGAAGGUCCAAAUGGUGAAAUUUUAGCACAACGUACAUUAUCAGUUAAAAUUUCAACUUGCCCUAAACGUGACAGACGUUUGUAUGAAGGUUCAGAUGUUCAUUUGGGCAAACGAAAACAACUUGAAGAUUCGAAUUUUAGUGCCACCGAUGCAAAAAUGCCAAAAUAUGAUAACGCUCUCAUUAAAGAUGAAUACAGUCGCAGUAGUUUCGAUGAAGCAAGUGAUGAUGGCAUUACUAGUACAUUUACAGGCAGCAUACAACAUGAAAAAGAAUCGGGAGAUUUUGUUUUAACAUUAAGAUAUAAAAGUCGUGAUCAAUUAUUACAGGCAAUCAGUGCCAUGUAUGGUGAUACCAUAACUAUGGAAUUACGCAAUGGUUGUCUUAAUGGCAAAAGAACGCGUGAUAGUGAAUAUCUGAGAAAAUUAUAUAAUACUGCUUAUAAUAUAAAAACUCGUAGCAAAGCUGCCUCAAUUUCAACGGAAUGAUUUUUAUUUAUUUUUUUUUUUUGGGUUUAUUAUUCUUUAUGCAUUCUAGUUCCAUCUUAAUAUAAUUUUUUAUGCUUUACUCUAGUAUUUCUAUUAUCUUGGGAUAAUAGUGUAAAAUAUUAUAGUAACUUUUUUAGUUAUGUAUAUGAAUUUAGUAUUUUACAUAAGAUGUAAAUUUACAAAAAUCAAAAGAAAAUCUUACUGAAAUAUUUAUAAUAUUUCAGUCUAAGUUUUAACUAACUAAAAACUAUAAACUUGAUUUUGU